AUGCAUUAUAAACAGAGCCAGUGUGAGCAGGAAAUCCAAGAUCUCAAUAAAGUCAUAAAGUGUCUUGAGAAUGCUUUUACAACUCAAAAUAAAUCUAAUAAUCAACCCAUAUCAGAAGAAAUUUAUUUUGUUCCUUUUAUUCCCUGGCGUAGUGAUGAGGCUAUAAAAAUGUGUGAUAUUGUUGAUUCUAAGGUUGAACAACAAUAUCAAGCAAAGUUACGCAAGGGUUCUGCUGGUGAAAUAACAACUCCUUAUCAACGUAUAACAGUAUCUCCAAAUAAAGCAAGAUUUCGUCAAUGCUCUUCAUUUAUCCUGGCUUAUCCGACAUCUUUAAAUUUUUCACUUCAAAAUAUAUCAAAUCCUAUGUCUAGAAUGAAUAUCAAUUCUAAUAAAUGCAACUCAUUUAUUAAAUUCACUGAAAACUUUGAAAGUGAUUUAGAGAAAUCAUUAUUAAAUAAUAUUUACAAAGAUAUAAAUUUCGAAUUAACAGAUGGUAAUGAUAGUCAGACAAUAAUGGAUAAUAGGAAAACAUUAGAUUCUAUGAGGUCUAAUAAACAAAUUCAUACACGUGAUCAAUUAUUUUCAGAUGGCAGUCAAGUUGGUCUAAAUGAUAGAUCUACAGAAAAGUCUAAAAAGUGA